UUCUUGUUUCCGACGAUGGGAGAGUCCCAACCUGCAGAUCCAGAAGUGCAGGCCCUGUGUGACUCUGUGAAGAGUGAAGUGGAGGCGAAGAGAAGAGAGAAGUAUGAGAUUUUCAAAGUCAUUUUCUACAAGAAACAAGGUGUACAUGGAUUCACCUACUAUGUCACGGUCCAUGUUGGUGGCAACAAAUAUCUGGAGCUAUGGUUAGAUGUAGAGCCUUCCCCCAACAGUAGGCCCGUCCUCCGCGGGGUUCAGACUCCCUCGCCUGUUCGUCCACAGGAGUUCAUCGUCGGAGGCAUCGGAGAGUCCCAACCUGCAAACCCAGAGGUGCAGGCCAUCUGUAACUCUGUGAAGAGAGAUGUGGAGGAGCGGAGAGGAGAGAAAUAUGAGACUUUUGAAGCCAUAUCCUACAGGACACAAACUGUAGCUGGAACCAACUACACUGUCAAGGUCCACAUUGGGCAGAACAAACAUCUGGAGCUGGUUGUGUUUGUGGGGCUGCCUCACACCAACAGUGGACCAGUCCUCCAAAGUGUUCAUGAGUCCAAAGACGACUUGGAGCAGGAAGGCGGAUUUAUAGAGCCGUUCAUAUGUUACUUUCCCCCAAGACAGUUCGAAAGGAUGAUGCCUGAAUAUCCUGAGCCUGAGCUCAUGACUGGAGGCAUCGGAAAGUCCCAACCUGCAGACCCAGAGGUGCAGGCCCUGUGUGACUCUGUGAAGAGUGAAGUGGAGGCGCAGAGAGGAGAGAAAUAUGAGACUUUCAAAGCCAUAUCCUACAAGAAACAAACUGUAUAUGGAUACAACUACUUUGUCAAGGUCCAUGUUGGAGAGGACAAACAUCUGGAGCUGUUUUUGUAUGUAGAGCCUGACCCCAACAGUCGGCCCGACCUCCGUGGGGUUAAGGAUUUCACAGAUGACCAGAUCUCCGACUUGCAGCAGGAAAUCAGGGACAUGGAGUCUUUUCCUCCACAGGAGCUCAUCGUCGGAGGCAUCGGAGAGUCCCAACCUGCAGAUCCAGGAGUGCAGGCCAUCUGUGACUCUGUGAAGAGAGAUGUGGAGGAGAAGAGAGGAGAGAAAUAUGAGACUUUUGAAGCCAUAUCCUACAGGACACAAACUGUAGCUGGAUAUAACUACUUUGUCAAGGUCCACGUUGGGCAGAACAAACAUCUGGAGCUGGUUGUGUUUGUGGGGCUGCCUCACACCAACAGUGGACCAGUCCUCCAAAGUGUUCACGAGUCCACAGAUGACCAGAUCUCUGACUUGGAGCAGGAAAGUGGAGGUGUGAGAUUUAGAAACCAACAGCCAUUCAUAUGUGAUUACGGAUUCCAAUCACCAGAAAUUAUGUCACCUGAGGAUAAACCAGUGAUAUUGUCUGGAGGCAUCGGAGCUUCCCAACCUGCAAACCCAGAGGUGCAGGCCAUCUGUGACUCUCAUGCAGGUGAAGAGUGA